CGCCAGCAUAGCGGCAGUCCCGCGCGAAACCACCCCACAGCCCAUACACGCUCGCGCCCCAGCAGUCAGCAGAAUACCCGAAAAGCUUCUGCGUUUGUUGCGCUAGAAACGAGAGCUAGCCUACCUAUAACGUACGUACAUGUUUAUUGUAGGUACGCAUAGGCAAUAACGCUGUACAAUCGUCACUCUCUCUCCUUCUGUAAUCGCGGAAACAGUGCGUGCUUAAGAGGAACAACGUUGAAACGACAACGACGAGCUUCUUCUCGCUUUAGCUCGGGCUAAACAUUCUAUCCGGAGAGUAACGAUUUGCGAGCUUCACCGAAGCUCCGAUUCAAGCUAGCAGAAGCUUCAACGGUAGCUGCUGAGCACGGCGGGCUAUUGGUAUUACAGGGAUUACCGUGCGAGGCGAAGAGCACCGCAGAGACAUGGACAAUGUCAAUGAUCAAAUGCAAAUGAUCGGCACUAAAAUCACAGCGAUCAAGGAUUACUUAUAUAACUUCGCCAGAACGCACUCGCCAACCAGACUCAUGAGUUCCGAAAAUACAUACUCGCUCUCGAAAGAGCACUGUAACCUUAAAUACUCGGAUCUCGUCCCUCAGAAUGUCGAGGGAUUCCCGGCGUCCAAGGAGUUUCUCACGAAGGUCGUGGACAUCCUCAUCGACUACAUAAAGAAUCAGAACGACCGCAGCUCCAAGGUGCUGGACUUUCAUCAUCCACACGACAUGAUCAAGCUGCUGGAUCUCGAGAUACCCGACACGGGGGUGACACUGCAGCAGCUGCUCCUCGACUGCUCGACCACGCUCAAGUAUCAAGUCAAGACCGGUCAUCCGCACUUCUUCAAUCAGCUGUCGUGCGGCUUGGACCUGGUCUCGAUGGCCGGCGAGUGGCUCACCGCCACGGCCAACACCAACAUGUUCACCUACGAGAUAGCGCCGGUCUUCAUCCUCAUGGAGCACGUCGUGCUGCAGAAGAUGCGCGAGAUCAUCGGCUGGCCCAACGGCCAGGGCGACUCCAUCCUGGCGCCCGGCGGCUCCAUCAGCAAUCUCUAUGCUUUCCUGGCCGCGAGGCACAAAAUGUUCCCCGAGUACAAGGAGAAGGGACUGGCCACCAUCGGCGGUCAGCUCGUCAUGUUUACGUCCGAUCAGUGUCACUACUCGGUGAAAUCGUGCUCGUCGGUGUGCGGACUGGGCACGGACAAUUGCGUGAUGGUGCCGAGCGACGAGCGCGGCCGCAUGAUACCGGCUCGCCUCGAGGAGCUCAUUCUGGAGCGGAAGGCCAGAGGACACUUGCCGUUCUUCGUCAACGCCACGGCCGGCACCACGGUCAUCGGAGCCUUCGAUCCCAUUCAGGAAAUUGCCGACAUUUGCGAGAAAUACAACUGCUGGCUGCACAUCGACGCGGCUUGGGGCGGCGGACUGCUAUUGUCAAGAAAGUAUCGACAUCCAAGAUUGACUGGCAUCGAGCGGGCCAACUCGGUCACCUGGAACCCGCACAAACUCAUGGGUGCUCUGCUCCAGUGCUCAACGAUCCACUUCAAGGAAGACGGACUGCUCAUGAGCUGCAAUCAGAUGUCGGCCGAUUACUUAUUUAUGACGGACAAACUUUAUGACGUCAAGUACGAUACUGGCGACAAAGUCAUCCAAUGCGGUCGUCACAAUGAUAUUUUCAAGCUUUGGCUUCAGUGGCGCGCCAAGGGAAACGAGGGCUUCGAACAACACAUGGACCGAUUGAUGGAUCUCAAUCAAUACAUGGUACGUCGCAUCAAGCAGAUGCCCGACAAGUACCACCUGAUCCUCGAGCCGGAGCUGGUCAAUUGUUGUUUCUGGUACUUGCCGGAGCGCUUGAGGAACGUGCCGCACUCGCCCGACCGAGAGCAGGAGCUUGGAAAGAUCUGUCCUAUUCUGAAAGCUAGGAUGAUGGAGGCUGGCACGCUGAUGGUCGGCUAUCAACCGGACGAUAGGAGACCCAAUUUCUUUAGGAACAUCAUAUCCAGCGCUGCUGUUACGGAAUCCGAUAUUGAUUUCUUGCUGGCGGAGAUGGACCGCUUGGGUCACGAUUUGUAAAUUCAGACAGUACGUGUAUACCUAUGUAGUUCCGAGUGUCUCUAAAUUGGAAAACGAGCAAGGAUAAACGUGAUCUUUCGUUUUAUUGUCGUAUCAUUGAAUAUCGUUUAUUCGUUGUUCGGUAAAAUUUUUCAGUAUAUAAAAUAGUUGCAAUUCCGAGAGAAAAAGAAAAAAAAUUAUAAUUAAACACUGUUGCAUAAUACGUAGAAAAAAAGUUGCUGUUUCACUGUUCUAGUUGACGAGAACUUUUGCUUACGUUCGAUAUUUCCAUUUUACGUGAACAAUUUUGCGCGACGAACGUCUGUAUACGGGCUGGGGGGGUGAAAUUACAUAUAACCAGGAAUAUUAUCGCGAAAACAUAUGAUAAGAAUAACGUGCAAUUAAUUAAACGAAAAAAAACAAUUAUUAACGCGUAGUCGUACCUAUCAAAUUUUAUAUAAGUACCAGAAAAUCAAUAUAAUCUGUAGAGCAGAUUUUGUUAAAGUUUGCCGUAAAUAUGUACUAAACUCAAUUAUAUUCAAGCGUAAGUUACCUAACAAUAUCAAUAUUAACAUACCAGUUGAAAGAUGAAUAUUAUUUGAUUAUAUGAUUCUAUGAAAAUAUCUAUGUAUACACAAAAUAACAAUAUUUAACGAGAAGAAAGUAUGAAUAAAAGACAUAGUGCGGAAGUUAAUCAGAUGCAGUCGAGAGAUAAAAGAUGUUGCGUAAAUUUAGGUGCUUAAGAUAAACAAAUGUAAAUGUAUAAAGCUCAUUAUCUCGAAUGAAUAUUUAAUAAUGUGAGUUUAUGAUGAAUCUCAACCGUAAGCUAUGAGUUUUCAAAUUUUAAAGAGAGAAUCGCGGUGCAGGGAAACCGGCUGUAAUACAAAAUAAUCUGCAGUGCAGAAAUUCAGAAAUGAGAUAUUUUUUAGCGACAAUUAUUUACAAAACAAAAGAGUUAUAAGUUAAUUUUAUAUAAGGUUAUAAAAAUUAACAAAAGCUUUGGAUAGAGAACCUGCAUGGGAAACUAAUAAUCAUUCACGAGCUUGGGGGUGCAAUAUUUUUCUGUAAGAAUAUUUUAUCACACUUGUUGUGCAAGUUCCAACGAAUUGAUGAUAAGGACAAAACUUAUUAAUGUAUAAAAAUCAAUGUCAAAGUACCAAAUGAAUUCAGUAAGGUAAGCUGUUUGAAUUAUUGAAUUGAUUAAUUCUACAAUUAAAAGUGUUAAUUUCUUUAAAAUUUUAGAUGAAUCGAUACAAAUGAUAAAAUACAAACCCGUGAAAGUACGUGCUUUUUCUCGAAGCGCUAACCCUUGGCCUUUGUAUAUGUAUAUAAUUUUGUUUACGCGAACUAAUUUUUACUUGCAAAAGUAGCUAGAUUUUCUGUGGUUUUUUAAUUUAGCCGAAAAAAGCAUGCCGUCAUCAAAGUCGAUCCGUGCGAAGCAUGCUGUUAAGCGAAGAAAAAGAGCCGAGCCUUUAAAGUGAGAGUAAUACGUGUGUAGAUGCGCGAUUAUAAAUGACAGAUGUGUAUCGUUUUCAUAUAGGUAUGACUGGAAUAUUUACUGAGACCUUAAAACCCGUAGGGGAGAGUUUAGAUAAGAGAUUGUAAAUUGAGUCUAGUGUAAAAAGUGUCUGGUAGUAGUUGAUAAACGCGCCUAAGUAAAUUUUCAUGUCAAUAUUUGAUUUUGCUACUUUGAAAAAUUUUUUCGGAAAAAUGACGUGUUCCGAACGUUGGUGAAAAUUUUCUUGACGUGUUGAGCUCCAUUAAUACAUAUGAGUAAAAUACACUGAAUAAAUAAAAGUUUCUAAAAAGUAUAUGUUGUAUUCGUAUAUAAAUAUACAAGAAAACAAAGUAAUGCUUCCGCAUAAUAAUAUUUCAAAGAAGUUAUUAAUAAUUUUCGAAAGCCAUUACCAGUUAAGUUGCGCAGUAUAUCUUAUGCUUCAAAAAAUCUAGAGAUUUUAUUCAAGUCGUUGGUUUUUUAGUAAGAUUACCUUGAAUACGUGUCCACAUAAGCUCAUAUAAAUAUGAUAUGAGGUUGUAAUUUUAAUAUAGGUAAACUACUAAAUAUUAAACUAACAAUUGCAUUUUUCUGUUGGCUAUGAUUUAUCGUACUUACAUGUAAAUAAAAAAAAACAUGUUGCUGUGUAGGUUGCCUUCGGCAGUUACAUAAGAUCGAAUGAAGAUUGCCAGUCCAGAAAAUUAUUAUCAAUAAUGCCUCACUGUGCUAAGCAAUUAUUCUCAAAUUAUAUUUUCCAAUUUAUCGAAAUGAAUUGAUUUAGCUCGUUCUAUGCUAAUCUUCCGAAUAAUUCAACGCUAAUGAGUACAAAUGUAAACUUUUUUGAUUUUUUUUAUUAUAUUAUUGCAAAGUGUGCUGAAAUAAGUUUCAAAAAAUAAGAAUAAUUAAUAACUAAUCAAGCGAUGAGCAGGUCAAUCAACUGUAUAAAAUAACAUAUCUUAUCUACAGCAGAAAGAAUAUUUUUACUGGAAGCAUCUAAUUUUUCACGGCGAACUACUCCCUAAAACUAUUUUGAGAUGUGGGGAUUUCCAUAUGAUGAUUGUAAUUCCGCAGGCGUAGAAUUGCAACAAAAAAAGAUAUCAAUUUAAUUACAUUUGGGCUGAAUAAAUUAUUUCGUGCGCUACUGAUGUACCGAUUUGUUUAAUCCAAGAAAAAUCACGCUCUCCUUUAUUUGUCUUGAUGACAAACAUCUGUGAUAGAAAAGUAAUUAUUGCUUAGGCAACUUUUAAUGAUAACAAAGGCAAAUUCUCUGUUUAUAUGCAUACCGUCAAUUUUGUGUACGCAUUUUGGAUAAUGCCCUUUAUAAAAAUUAUCACAAAGUUGUAAAUAAAUAAUGAAUCAUUCCAAAUAGCGUAUUAAAUAUUUUAAAAGAAUGUAUAAUAGUGUUAUUUACUUGUAUUAUUGUUUUGUUACGCCAACAUAAGUUUGAAUCGAAUGAAGAAAAUGGCACGAUCAAUCUUAAGUGAUGAGAUAUUAAUGACGAAAAAAUUCUACGAUGCUGAUUUUUAAUCAUCGAUUGUUGUUGAAUAUGUACAAUUAAGUAAAAAAAUGUAAGUACGCGUUAGUUUUAAGAAAACAGCAUGUAAUCAGAUAAAAACAACAAAAAAGCAUAGUACAAGGACAACAAAUUUUUUAGAGUUUAUCCGAAUUUAUGUUAGUUGAUCUAACGAUUCGUUGAUGGCUUGAAUUUUCUCUUAUUUGAAUAUAUUUAUAUGUUUAUGUACCAAUGUGGAAGUGACCUGUUAGUGAAAAUCUCUCGUGAAAAAUAAUAUUAUAAAAAUAAAUAUAUUAUACUCUAUGUACAAAUUUAAUCUAAAGUUGAAUUAAUUUUAAGUUGAUGAUCUUUAUUGUUCUAAAAAAUUUAAAAAAAAGUUUAUUGUCCGGAGAAAUUGAGCUAAUUUGAACGUAUAAAAUUUGGCAUGGACUAAAAAAAUGGUUAUUUAGUGAACUGAACCUCGUGUACGAAAAAACACUACUCCUUGACAAAAAAGAUACCUAUUCCUAAACUACCUUGUGUAAAUCAAUGUCUAAUAAAAAUAAACUGCUGUUAUCUCGUCGAAA